CUAUUUUCAGUCGCUCCCAGUCCAAACCUUCCAAUGUCUACAUAAAAAUGGUUACCGUUUUUUCAUCGCCAGAGCGUGGAAAAGUUAUGGGGAUUACGAUCUGGUUGGCAUUCAGAAUAUUAAAAAUGCUCGCAAAGCUGGAUGGAAGUACGUUGACGCCUACAUAUUCCCUUGUUUAAAGAAAACUUGCGCCCCCGUACAAAAUCAGGUUGAGGCUACAGUAAAUCGUUUGCGUGCUGAAGGUGCCGAAUUCGGUAUGAUUUGGCUAGAUGUUGAAGUCUUCGCUUGGCCAAAGGAUAUCAAUACAAAUAGAAAUCUUAUAACUGCCAUGGGUAAUAAACUAAAUGUGGGUACAUCUUUUUCGUCUUUCCUGCUUAACCUAGAUUUGAAUCUCUUUUUUUUCAGGAAAUGGGUAUCAAUUGGGGAAUCUACACUAGUAAGUCUGCAUGGUCCACUAUUGUUGGAAAUUGGGCUAAGUGGUCCAACAGGCCCCUUUGGUGGGCCAAUUGGGACGGAAAGCAAGAUUACGCUAACUUCGUUCCUUUCGGAGGAUGGAAGACUCCAGCCAUUCACCAAUAUCGUGGAGAUAUUCAGGGACCAUGCGGAGUUAAGCUUGACCCUAACUGGUACUGACGUUGAGGCUGUGCUAAAUCGUCUUACCAAUGAAAGUGUACAAGUUGAUAUGAUUUGGCUAGACAUUCAAAAAUUUGAUUGGGCAGAUGACUUCGAUACUAAUAGGAUCUUCAUCAAUGCGAUGGGCAAGAAGUUAGAUGCUAUGGGUGUCAAGUGGGGGAUCUACACUAACAUCCGUAACUGGGAUAGUAUCGUGGGAUUCGAUUGGGACCAAUGGUCUAGCAAACCGCUUUGGUGGGCCGACUGGGCCGAAAAUGAUGGGAACCGAGAUAAUCGUAAUGAAUUUGUACCAUUCGCGGGAUGGACUAAACCAACACUGCACCAGUACGCUGGAGAUUAUGCUGGUCCCUGUGGCAUUAACAUGGACCUCAACUGGUGUGCUUUCAUCUGUUUGAAGCAGCACGAUUUUGAGUUCUACAUAGCCAGAGUAUGGAAAAGUUCAGGAGUUUUUAGCGAUUAUGGCAUCCAGAACAUCAAGGAUGCCAACGCGGCUGGUUUGAGGGUUUCCGCCUACAUUUCCCCCUGUUUGAGGGAUGACUGUGCUGCCCCACAAACUCAAAUUGAGGAUGUCGUAAAACGUCUUAACAACGAAGGUGCACGGAUCAGAAUGCUUUGGCUAGACAUUCAAAAAAGUGAUUGGCCAGAUGAUUUCGAUGCUAAUAGGGUCUUCAUCAAUGCGAUGGGCAAAAAAUUAGAUGCUAUGGAUGUCAAGUGGGGGAUCUGCACUAACAUCCGUGACUGGAAUAGUACCGUUGGCGUCGACUGGGAUCAAUGGUCCAAUAAACCGCUGUGGUGGGUAGAUUGGGCAGAAAAUGAUGGAAACCGAAACAAUCGUGAAAAAUUCGAGUCAUUCGGAGGAUGGACGAAACCAACACUGCACCAGUACGCUGGAGAUUAUGCUGGUCCUUGUGGCAUUGACAUGAACCUCGAUUGGUACGAGAAUGAGGUUGAAUAA